AUAGCCACACCCCGCAAGGAAAACCCAGACUCUGGCGACAGCGGAGACGAGGAUGUGUGUGGGGGCUCGGCGGCUGGGCCGGGGGCCGUGUGCGGCUCUGCUCCUCCUGGGCCUGGGGCUGAGCACCACGGCGAAGCUCCAGUGUGUCGGGGACACCUACCCCAGCAACGACCGGUGCUGCCAGGAGUGCAGGCCAGGCAACGGGAUGGUGAGCCGCUGCAACCGCUCCCAGAACACGGUGUGCCGUCCGUGCGGGCCUGGCUUCUACAACGACGUGGCCAGCGCCAAACCCUGCAAGGCCUGCACAUGGUGCAACCUCAGAAGUGGGAGCGAGCGGAAGCAGCCGUGCACGGCCACACAGGACGCGGUCUGCCGCUGCCGGGCGGGCACCCAGCCCCUGGACAGCUACAAGCCUGGAGUUGACUGUGCCCCCUGCCCUCCAGGGCACUUCUCCCCAGGAGACAACCAGGCCUGCAAGCCCUGGACCAACUGCACCUUGGCCGGGAAGCACACCCUGCAGCCAGCCAGCAAUAGCUCGGACGCCAUCUGUGAGGACAGGGACCCCCCACCCACACAGCCCCAGGAGACCCAGGGCCCCCCGGCCAGGCCCACCACUGUCCAGCCCACGGAAGCCUGGCCCAGAACCUCACAGAGACCCUCCACCCGGCCCGUGGAGGUCCCCAGGGGCCCUGCAGUUGCUGCCAUCCUGGGCCUGGGCCUGGCGCUGGGGCUGCUGGGCCCCCUGGCCAUGCUGCUGGCCCUGCUCCUGCUCCGGAGGGACCAGAGGCUGCCCCCCAAUGCCCCCAAAGCCCCUGGGGGAGGCAGUUUCCGGACUCCCAUCCAAGAGGAGCAGGCUGACGUGCACUCCACCCUGGCCAAGAUCUGACCCGGGCCCACCAAGGUGGACACUGGGCCCCGCCAGGCUGGAGCCCGGAGGGUCUGCUGGGUGAGCAGGGCAGGCGCAGGCCGCCCGCCCCGCCACGCUCCUGGGCCACUCUGCGCCGUUCUAGGUGCCGCUGGCUGCCUCCGGCUCUCUGCUUACGUAUGCCAUGCAUACCUCCUGCCUCGCGGGGCCACAAUAAAAACCUUGGCAGACGGGAGUCUCUAACUGGCA